CAAGAUGGCGGCCCAUCACCGGCAGAACACGGCAGGGCGGAGGAAAGUGCAGGUCUCGUAUGUUAUUCGAGAUGAAGUGGAGAAGUACAAUCGGAAUGGAGUCAACGCCCUGCAGUUGGAUCCAGCACUUAAUAGGCUGUUCACAGCCGGCCGAGACUCCAUCAUAAGAAUAUGGAGUGUAAAUCAGCACAAGCAAGAUCCAUAUAUAGCGUCCAUGGAACACCAUACUGACUGGGUAAACGAUAUCGUGCUCUGCUGUAACGGAAAAACAUUAAUAUCUGCCUCUUCUGACACAACAGUAAAAGUAUGGAAUGCACAUAAGGGAUUUUGCAUGUCGACACUAAGGACACACAAGGAUUAUGUAAAAGCCUUAGCGUAUGCCAAGGAUAAAGAACUGGUAGCAUCAGCCGGAUUAGACAGACAGAUAUUCCUUUGGGAUGUGAAUACUUUAACAGCACUGACUGCCUCAAACAACACUGUCACAACUUCGUCUUUAAGUGGGAACAAAGAUUCCAUUUACAGCCUAGCAAUGAAUCAACUGGGAACAAUCAUCGUAUCAGGGUCCACUGAGAAGGUUUUAAGAGUAUGGGAUCCAAGAACAUGUGCAAAGCUAAUGAAGCUUAAAGGACACACAGACAAUGUCAAAGCAUUGCUGUUGAAUAGAGAUGGCACACAGUGCCUCUCCGGCAGUUCAGACGGGACAAUCCGCCUCUGGUCCCUUGGUCAGCAGAGAUGCAUAGCAACGUACCGAGUUCAUGAUGAGGGUGUUUGGGCUUUGCAAGUCAAUGACGCUUUCACACAUGUGUACUCCGGAGGAAGAGACAGGAAGAUUUACUGCACAGACCUCAGAAACCCCGACAUUCGAGUGCUCAUCUGUGAAGAAAAAGCACCCGUUCUCAAGAUGGAGCUUGAUAGAUCUGCUGAUCCCCCUCCUGCAAUCUGGGUUGCAACAACUAAGUCUACAGUAAAUAAGUGGACACUGAAGGGAAUUCAUAAUUUUAGAGCUUCUGGAGAUUAUGACAAUGAUUGCACAAACCCAAUAACACCUCUUUGUACACAGCCUGACCAGGUUAUUAAAGGGGGCGCUAGUAUUAUUCAGUGUCACAUUCUUAAUGAUAAGAGACAUAUAUUAACCAAAGACACCAAUAAUAACGUGGCAUAUUGGGAUGUCCUAAAGGCGUGUAAAGUCGAAGAUCUGGGCAAAGUGGAUUUUGAAGAUGAAAUUAAGAAAAGAUUUAAAAUGGUGUAUGUGCCAAAUUGGUUCUCAGUAGACUUAAAAACUGGGAUGUUGACUAUUACUCUGGAUGAGAGCGACUGCUUCGCUGCUUGGGUGUCUGCAAAAGAUGCCGGCUUCAGCAGCCCCGACGGGUCAGAUCCAAAAUUAAACUUAGGAGGACUUUUACUUCAGGCACUCCUGGAAUAUUGGCCCAGAACACACGUGAAUCCGAUGGAUGAAGAAGAAAAUGAAGUGAACCAUGUAAACGGGGAGCAAGAGAACCGGGUACAGAAGGGAAAUGGGUAUUUUCAAGUGCCCCCACACACCCCCGUGAUCUUUGGAGAAGCUGGAGGCCGCACGCUCUUCAGGCUGCUGUGCCGAGAUUCCGGGGGUGAGACUGAGUCCAUGCUUCUUAACGAGACGGUGCCACAAUGGGUAGUUGACAUCACUGUGGAUAAAAAUAUGCCCAAAUUCAACAAAAUUCCUUUCUACCUCCAACCUCAUGCAUCUUCGGGAGCAAAAACGUUGAAAAAAGACAGACUCUCUGCUAGUGACAUGCUCCAGGUCCGCAAGGUAAUGGAACAUGUUUAUGAAAAAAUCAUCAACUUGGAUAAUGAGUCUCAGACCACUAGCUCUUCUAACAAUGAGAAACCGGGAGAGCAGGAGAAAGAGGAGGACCUCGCCGUGCUGGCGGAGGAGAAAAUCGAGCUUCUGUGCCAGGACCAGGUUUUAGAUCCCAACAUGGACCUUCGGACCGUGAAGCACUUCAUCUGGAAGAGUGGCGGUGACCUCACUCUCCAUUACCGGCAGAAGUCGACGUGAAGGGUGGCCGAGCGCUCCUGGGUAUUCAUUUCCUGACCUUCCUCUCUGGCCCCAAGAGUAGCCCUAGGAAGCCCGCUGAGCCCCUACAGGAGCACGACCGCCAGCGGCCGGUUUGGUUUGGACCAGGAUUCUCUCCAUUGACGUGACUGAUCAUGGUGUAAUAUAGAAACCAGUGUCCAUGUGUAGAUUAAGCUGUCCCCAGGGAGGCAGAAGUGAGGGCCGAGGACCCCCUCGUGUAGACUUGUCUUGCGAGAUAUUCAGAGGCUGUGAUACAGGCCAGUGCAGACUUUGCUUCCUCCUUUUGUUUCAAAGGACCUUAUCUUUGUCAGCACGUGUUAAAGACACAUCGGUUGGGCCACUUCUGUCACUGUGUUUAAACAUCCUUCUGACCCACAUGUUCUGUAGCUUUUCUAAGAGUACAUUCCAUUCAUGCAGUUCCUAUGAAGGCUUUUUCCAAGGUUGUCAUAAAAAAAUCAGAUUGUUCUCACCAUUUACAGACCGUUAUUUUAAUGGGAAUUUGCUGCUGCACAAUUUGAGAGCCAGCCCACUUGGUAACGAUUCCUGUGGAGCUUGUUUUUAAUACUGCAUCUCAGAUACGUUCUAGUAGGAAGAGCUGGUGAGAUUCCAGGGACUGGAUCACAGCACACUGCCUGCCCGGCGGGAACGUGCCCUCCUGGCCCGCGAUGCCGCAGCCGCAGGGCGCCCUGGAUGCAGCUGCCACGGGGGAGCAGCUUCUUCGCUCCUCCUGCCCUGCGUCCGGCUCCAUUUACGGGCAAAGCCAGCUGACGCUCCAGAUCCCUGCUCUGGGCGUGCGGCCGGGCACCGGCAAAGCUCAAGACCGUGAUGAAAUUGUCAUUUCCUUUGAAAGCUACCUAAAAUUUCUGGUGUCUGAGUAAAGAGAUGUCCCAGCGGCUUGAUUGCUAUCCACAUCCGGGAAGUAUACAUACUUGUUUUUCCAAAGUUUUCUAAUGCAGGUUUUGUUGUUGGACCUGUAUCCAGAUCUUCUUUUCACUGUUCUUUCUAACAAUUUAAAGCUUUCAUAGUCAUUUGGAUCUUGUACAGACUAUAACUUAUUGGGGAUAAACACUUUAACUUUUGGCAGAAAAAAUACUUUGGAUUCUCCCCAAGGUCAUUUGUAUUUGGCGCAGAUCAACAGUCCACCCCAUGAACCCACCUAAGACAAGCCUCCUACGGGAAGCCAGAGCACAAGUGCCUUCAGAGGGCAGUUUCUUCCCGUCCAGCCGCCUCCCCGGCCUGUGCGCGGCCAGUUCCCCCAUCAGCAGGAGCUGGGGAGGGGCCGGCAGGGGUCUUUCUUUUCUACAUCUUCACAGGUUCAGCUGGGGGCAGCUAAUGGGGGCCUGGGUCCAGGUGUCCCUGUUUCAGACGUUCUGAUCCGCACAGCUGCACAGACAGGGUUCGCUCACUGCUGGUCCUCUUGCUUCGGGAAGUGGGCAGGCCAUUGCCUCCUGCACUUUGAAGAAGUGAGCAAAGACGUGGCCGCAAUCCUGAUGAGCUGAAGUGGUCUUUCUCCCUUCCACAGAGAGCAACCCAGCUUCCUUUUUUAAAAGUCCUUUCUAUGUAUCAGUUGGAUACGACAGUGCGCUUUUGGUGCACAUUUUCUAGCAAUAGUUACGAAUUAAAGGCA